AUGCCACUGUUUGAUCUUCUCCUUUCGCACGGAGCCGAUAGGAGCCUCUACGAUAACAAAAAUCAGACUGUGUUACACAAGUUGGCGUCUAGUGCAACAUACAACGGAGAUAUACCCUCGCUUCUGCUCGAACUUCUCAUUCCAUUCGUCGAUAUCAACCAGGCCGACGUGAACGGUUGGACACCGUUACACUACAUGGCUAGAAACUUGCGGCAAGUCAAUGCGUCUCGUUUGCUGGUCAGUCGAGGCGCCGAUGUCAGUGCAGUCAACAACAAGGGAAACACGCCUCUUCACGAAGCAAUGACUGGAAGGCUUAAUAGGAAGGAAAAGGAAGAUGGGUCACUUGAAUGGCCGACUCUUUCGGAGAAGAUUCAGGCGCAUGACAAGAUCAUUUCGAUAUUGCAAGAUGCCGGCGCCUCGAUAGACCUGCCAAAUAUGGCGGGCAAGACGCCGGCACAACUACUAGUGGAAAAACGUGCCAAGUGGGACAAUGGCGGUGAAUAG